UCUUUAUUUCAAGGAUCAUUGUUGAAAGUGGUGGUUUUAGUUAACUGUCCACUUGAUUUUUUUAACAGCCCCAGUUUUCAGACAAAUUUCCCGCGCCCCGGCCGAAUUACUUCAUGUCCCGGAAAAAGUAUGAGUUCUAUACCUACAUCUGGCCAAAAGAUAUUGCUGUUAUGGGGAACGUUUGUCAAACAAGGCCAUUUGAUGGAAGUUGUUGAAGAGCUUCAAAAAGCAGUUGGAGACAAAGGACUGGUGGCUGUUGAAAAUUUGGAACGUUUAGUUGUGUCUGAUCAUGCUAGUUCUUCAUUUGACGUGAUUUAUUGUGGAACUUUAACACCAACCCAAACAUUUCAUCCUGCUGAAAUAUUUGCUGAAAUUGCUCGUGUUUUGAAGCCAGGAGGAACAGUUGUGAUUAGAGAAUCAGUAUCAACACAAGAUAAUGUACCAAACCUUCGAACAGCCUCUAAGCUUGCAUCUGCUUUGAAAUUCUCGGGAUUCAUCAACAUUAGCCAGCCUGAAAUAAAACCCGUUAGCAAAUCUAAUGUUGAAGAAUAUGACACAAAUUUUACUCAUAAAGAAAGUGAAGUUUCAUUGAUAGAAGUAAGAGCUACAAAGCCAAAUUUUGAAGUAGGAUCUUCUAUGCCUUUAUCAUUUGCCAAAAGAGAUUCUGCUAAAACUGAUCCAAAUACUGCAAAAAUUUGGAUGCUAUCUGCUGAUGAUACACUUGACGAAAAUGUAGAAUUAAUUGAUGAAGAUGAGCUACUUGAUGAAAAUGAUCUGAAAAAACCUGAUCCUAGUUCUUUGAAAGUCUGUGCAACUACCAAACAAAGAAAGGCUUGUAAAAAUUGCACCUGUGGGUUAGCCGAAGAAUUAGAACAAGAAGAAUCUGAAAGAAUUGAAAAAAAUCGAUCAGCAACAUCUUCUUGUGGCAAUUGUUACCUUGGAGAUGCAUUUCGUUGUGCCAGUUGUCCUUACUUGGGCAUGCCAGCUUUCAAACCAGGGGAGAAAAUAGUUCUGAAUGACAACCAACUGAAGGCAGAUGUGUAGCCACAUUGCCUUGGAAACAAGAUAUUUUAUCAUUCUGAAGACUUAACUGAUGGAAAGGAGGAGAAAACUUCCUCAAUAAUGCUCAGGCUGAUAAGAGUGAUGCUGCUUACAUAUCAACUGUUAUAAAAGAAAUAUAUUAGUUGUAUAUUUGGUAUUUUAAGUCGUAGGCAUAUUUAUUUUGUUGACAAAUGGAUUUAUAUUUUAUUCAAAAACAACUAAUGAAGCAGAAUAGAAUAUUUUAUUGGUAUGUUUUGCUAAAGUGAAUUGUAAUUUAGUAAGGUUGUAACAUUAAACAUUUCCUAUUUUCUGAAAAAUUAAUAAAAUAUUUAAUUUGUGUUCUGUUGGCAUAAAGUAUCGAAUUUUUUGUUUCCCCUUGUAAAUAAGUUUUCUAUCGACUACAAUGAUCUUCUUUUUUUAUGAUUUAUGUUCCUUAAGUGCAAUAGUCUUGUGUAAUUGCAACACAACCGAAAGGAGUGUACCAUUACAAUUACAUAAUUGUAGGCGUUUACCUGUAGCUCUUAAAUAGAAUUUACUGUAAAUAGAUAUCUAAGGAAAACUACCAUUUUAUAAUAAUGGUUCAUUUUUAAAUAUUUGUUCUUGAAAGUGCGCUAUGGUUUUUAAAAAUAUUACAUUCAAGUGUAAACAAGUUUUCUAAAGUUUAUUUAUGUGUCUUCAAUGUUUUUAAAAUUCCAGGAAAUAUUUUUUCCACUCAAAACUGAAGUAUUAUUUUGCAUAAGCAAUGAAAGCCUCAUUUUUGUAAUAAAAUGAGUUCAAGUAAGUUAUUUGAAUAAUGUAAAAGUUCACUUUUGCACUGUUUUAAGUUUUAUGAUUUUUAAAAUAUAUUUAAAACAUUAACUGCAAAAAUGUAGUUUAACUCAUUUUAAGAACAAUAAAUUGUAAGGACAUUAUCUGACUUGCUGUUGAACAAUAAAUUGUCUAUAAUUUAAACUCCUUACUUAUUACUUCUUUUUAAUCU